CUAAGUAUCACUGUAUUAUGGUCAGACUGCCUGUGACUGCAGCCCAACCAUUCCCUCCCAAAAUCCCAUUCCAUUGCAACGAGCUUCUUUCCUUCAGGUAGGCUGCUUUAUGUCUUCCUUUUCUCUCGUUCAAUAACAUUUUCGUUCUCGCCAGGAACGUGCAAUCCAACCUCGCCCUUUGUCACCGCGCGAGCAUUCAGCCACGGCCGCCAGAUCAGAGAGCGUUCAAUGGGGAAUGCUGGUGAGUGUGAAGCUUGUCAAUCCCACACGAAACAGCAGGCAGAGAGAGAGAGAUGUGAAGUCGGCUCCUUCACGAGCCCAUCCUUCCCGGGAUGCCGUCUCUCCGUUAUCCUCAUGACGUCACGAGUACGCAAGAUGGAAGUAACCUUCAUGGUUUCGGGAAUCCAACCCGUUCAUAUUUUGAGUUUUCAAGUUUCAACAAAUUCUUUCUUUUUCUCUCUCUCUACUCACGGAGAUCGCGAAGCUCAGGCAGAAAGUGGCUGUACGAUAUGCAAGCAAAAGAAGACGUUUGCCUGAUGGCAGCAAACAGUCACCAUUUGCUUACCUCGGAUAUGUGACAUGUGUGAAGCACAAAACCACACAAGACGGUGGGAGACUGCGGGACUGCAGCUGCGGCGAUUAUAUGUGUAGAUCAAUCAAGCAAGCAAGAAACGCAUAAUUUAUGGCACAACGCAUGCCUGAUGGCAGCAGAGGACAGAAGUCCGAGCCAGAGAGCUGAGCCACGGAAGCAAAGCAUAUCAGAACAGGGGAAUGGAGGGGACGGGAGGGCGGCUGACUGGUGGCAUGGCUGCGUCGACACUGUACUUACAAGGUAGUAAUAUAUGAAACCGCGAGACAGAAAAGACUGCAGUAUGUGCAGGCCUCCCGCCCGCCAUGACUCUUGCUUGAUUGUGCGUGUUUGAAGGUGUCAUUCCAAUAAACAACGACCAUGUUGCAGCAGCAGCAGGAGCUACUGCUGGUUGUAUGGAGUAGUGAAGUAGGUUGUGGGAGGAGCCCUACCAUAGCCAGAGACAAUCCAUGGAUGAAAGUCGCUCUGCGAGAAUCUCCCUCGCACAGCGCAAAGACUAUGUUCUACGAGCCUAUCCAAAGACAUGCCGCUGCGGAAUGAGUUGAAUGAGAUGAGAAGACAAAGAGGUUACGCCCUAACCCCUUUGUCAGCAGCAACAUGACCCUAACCGUUAGGGUCAUGUUGCUGCUUGCCGGAGUAGGUCUGAGCAUUCGACGGUCUGUAGUAACAGUUUGUCGAAUCACAUAUGCCUAGUAAUUGUGUCUCCAUUAUGGGUCCAACAUGAUCUUAUUGAAUUCGUUGAUUAAUCUCGGCUCUGUUCCACAAUAGAUGUCUUAUCGCAACGAGAACUGCUGAUACAGAGUUGGUUGACGUUAAUUAGUGAAUCCAUCCCUCAGUCAUUUAAAUUAGUUUGACUUCCAAUUUGAGAUUUUAAACAGGCACAAUUCCACUUCAUCUCUUACAAUCAAUCAAUAGACCAACAAAUGGAUCAAUACUUUGUCCGUUCCAUCCUUCCAUUUGUUUAAUCGCAAAAAAUUUCCAGAUUCUACGAAUACUCAAAGCAAAGAAGCUCAGGCUGUCCCGCUGUGCCCUGGCCUGCCCAGCACUGCUGCGCUGAGCAGCUGGCAAAAGUGUGCCUCUGGUACAAGGAGGAUUUCGUUCAGCUCCCUUUGGACGCCGUCUCGAUCUCAAGCCUCAGGGUCGCAAGGUGGCUGCUGGCAGGACCAGGGGCAGGAUUCUUUACGAUCCCAACACGACACGGUGCCCUGGACAAGCCUUGCAGAAGGGAAGGGAUGGGAUGGGAUCCUGAGACUUACUUGCUAGCUCACUUACUUGCAGCAGUCUACAGGUGCCUGUGCCUGAAUGAGAUGAAAGAACAGAUGAUGAUGAGGAUCAUGAAAAAAAGAGAAAAGUACAAGCCAGCACAGGAAGAGAUAGGUACAUAAGAAGCGGGUGAAAUAAGUAGGGUAGGAAAAGGUGAAGCCUCGAUCGGCCCGCUGUUACACAAUCGAGAUGAGAGGAGAUGAUGCGCUGCUGCCUGCCAAGAGAUUGAGCGGGCGAGCGAGCGUUGAUUCUCGGUAAGCCUGGAGGCAAAAUCAUUAGUACCACGAGCUGGCCGUGAGGGAACUUCGAGGCGUUAGAGUGGAGUCAACAAGGUCAAUGAUUCUGAAUUAUUCCCCGCCAGAUCUUCCCCUCCAUAUUUUAACAUAAUUUUAAUAAAAAAAAUUUAACAAUGUGCUAACCACGGGCUACAGAAACGCUAGCUGAGACCUGAACUCACAUGUGACC